CAAUUUUUGUAUUGCACAAGGUCGAUAUCACGAUCCGUCUCUGAGAGCAGUUUUUAGUGGUUGUGAAUACGUGAUGAUAUAUGCUGAAAUACGAAAGUAAACAAAAUGACCACCACGACGACAAUACUACAUAAAUGGGACAAACUGUCACCGAGGGAAUUUUUGCAAUUACAAGAACUAACGUCAUACUCAACUCGGAAACUGCAGGACGUAUUACAGGAAUUUUGCUCGCCGCACGCUCUGCCAAAAUUCAAUCCAGAUGGAGAAAUCGAUUACAAUGGUUUUCGAAGUUUUUUGGAUGCUUUUCUCGAUUGCGAAACGCCUACGGAAUUGGCGCAACAUUUGUUCCUAUCUUUCCUUAAGGGGAACGUUACCAACAAUAUUCAAUUACAGGGCAAGACUCUUAAUCAAAUGGCGGCCAUUAGUAGUACGACCGCUUGUGCACCAGUCACAGCGCAUACUAAAGGCUCGAUACCACAUAUGAACACACUAGCGGAUAUGACAUCAACGGCAACAAUAACGGCUCCAUUACCUGCAACUGAAACACGUACCAGUUUUGUAGAUAAACUACAGCAGGGCAUAACCGAUAAAUUGCAUUCCCUUAGCGGCCAUUUAACGCAUGAUGCCACUAAAACAGGUAGCGUUAUUCAUCCUAUGGUUACCGUUACACCCAGUCCUAUUGCCGCUUUUCAAACGACUGCAAUCAACGCAAACAACAUAUCGUCGAGCAAUGGAAAUGCUGCAAGUGGUCCUGGCAUUGGUAUGGGCAUGAAUGCCGGCAAAGUAUGUUCAGCACCUGCUGGCGUGAACAAUGCCAAACGCUCCACAGACUCCAGUCCUUCGCAUUCACAAACCAAUCAUUCCCAAAUGUCACGCAAUUCGUCGAAAAAAAGCAACAAUUCAGCUAAUUGUAAAGUAGACGCGGAUAUUAAAAUGUUAACACGAAAACUUUCGCACGUUGAUCCAUUAACGUUGAAAGUGUCGCUCAAGGAUGUUGUUUGUUAUCUAUCACUGUUGGAAGCUGGCAGACCGGAAGAUAAACUGGAAUUUAUGUUUCGUUUAUAUGACACCGACGGCAAUGGCGUUUUAGAUACAGCAGAAAUGGAUGCUAUUGUUAAUCAAAUGAUGGCCGUUGCUGAAUAUCUAGGUUGGGAUGUUUCCGAACUUAGGCCGAUAUUACAAGAUAUGAUGGUGGAAAUCGACUAUGAUGCCGAUGGCACGGUUUCUUUAGACGAAUGGCAACGAGGUGGUAUGACAACUAUACCGUUACUGGUACUAUUGGGUGUCGAUAGCACUGCUCUAAAGGAAGAUGGCAUACACGUCUGGCGUUUAAAACAUUUCAAGAAACCCGCAUAUUGUAAUUUAUGCCUCAAUAUGUUAGUGGGUCUAGGCAAAAAGGGUCUCUGCUGUGUGUUGUGUAAAUACACAGUGCAUGAGCGCUGCGUACAGCAUGCCCCAGCAUCUUGUAUAACAACGUACGUCAAAUCGAAAAAGGUAAAGGGCGGUGGUGGCGAUCUACUACAUCAUUGGGUUGAGGGUAACUGUUACGGACACUGUUCGAAAUGUCGCAAACGUAUUAAAGCGUAUCAUGGCAUAACGGGACUAAAUUGCGUUUGGUGUCAUAUGAUGCUCCAUAAUCGCUGUGCAUCGUCGGUGAAAAAAGAAUGCACUCUCGGAGAAUUUGCUGAGUUAAUUGUACCUCCUACAGCUAUAUGCCCGGCAGUCUUAGAUCGUCAACGUUCAAUAAAUCAAACGAAUAAGAAAUCUCAACACCAUCAGGCCACACACUUUCAAAUUACGUCAAUCGAUGACAGGAAUUGUCCUCUCUUGGUAUUUGUCAAUCCAAAAAGUGGUGGACGUCAAGGCGAUCGCAUAUUACGCAAAUUCCAAUAUAUGCUUAAUCCACGCCAAAUUUAUGAUUUAUCGAAAGGCGGCCCGAAAGAAGGUCUUACUCUAUUUAAGGAUUUGCCAAAUUUUAAAGUUAUUUGCUGUGGCGGCGAUGGUACUGUAGGCUGGGUAUUAGAAGCUAUGGAUAGCAUCGAGUUGAAAAGUCAACCUGCCAUCGGAGUAAUACCGCUGGGAACUGGCAAUGACUUGGCUCGAUGUUUACGCUGGGGCGGCGGUUAUGAGGGUGAAAACAUUCCAAAAUUGUUGGAUAAAAUCAAAAGGUCGACUAUUGUUAUGCUUGAUAGAUGGAGUAUUGAAGUAAUAAAUAAUCCUGAAGAGCAGAUAAAACCAAAGGUGACAUUACAUUCAAAUAUGCAGAAAGUGAUUGAAUUAUCACAAAGUGUGGUAGUGGGAGAGAAGACGUUAUUGGAGCAACAUGAACAAGGACAUCGUUGCAGCAGCUGGAAUGUACAACUUUUUGAAACUGAAACAAAUAACAAAAUCAUAGCAACAACAGUCUCAUCUUCAAUCAAUGCUAAUGAAAGUCCUCCUCAGUUUUCAAUCAAAUCGAUAUAUGAUAAACAGAUGGCUACUGAUUUAUUGGCUGCCACAUCAUCAUCAUCUGCAUUGACAGCAACAACAAUGGCAACAGCAUCGACAGCAACAACAACAUACCGGACUACAACGAAAAGCAUAUCAAUGUCAACAUUUGAAAUGAAACGUUCGCAACAAUAUCCCCAACAAGAGUACAAUCUCCGACAGGACUCAACAGCAAUCAGUAAAUGCAAUAGUCUUAGCAGUACUUGCACUAGUAGUACAAAUAGCGCAGAACAACAACAACAACAUCAGCAGCAGCAGGAACAACAACAACGGCAGUCAUGUACAACAUUACUUGAUGUCAUUAAUACAUCUUCGCUAUUGAAGCAAACUAACUCAACCGAUACCGAUUUCAUACGAAAUAAAAAUCUACAGGAGCGUCAUAUGAUAGUUGAUAGUAUAGAUCCAUCUAAACACUUCAGUGUCGGCGAUAAUAACAACGAUGCUUCGAAUGAUUGCUGUCACAAAUCUUUAAGUGUUGCGCCCAUUGCAGCGAAACAAGAAAUACGAACAUCGACUACUUUGCCAACCCCACUUUGCCAUACCAGUGGUAAUAGUAACGACGGUUUUGUGGCAACAGAAAUUGAGUGCAUUCCACGCAAUAAUAAUAACCGCAGCAGUAGCUUAAGCAGUAUCGCAAACGUGAAAUUAUCACCAAGUCACUUAUGCUCAUUGCAAGCGUCUCCUGUACAUACACCUACAACUAACGUAGCGAUGGAGAUGGAAAAGUCAUUUAACAUUCCACUACCAACAACAGCAACAACUAGCAAUAAAGUUGAAAAUGGAAAAGAUUGCACUGUACCGUAUAAUAUUAUAAAUAAUUAUUUCUCUGUCGGUGUGGACGCUGCUAUUUGCGUAAAAUUCCAUUUGGAGCGUGAAAAGAAUCCGCAUAAAUUUAAUAGUCGCAUGAAAAACAAAUUGUGGUAUUUUGAGUAUGCAACAUCUGAGACAUUUGCCGCAUCUUGCAAGAAUCUCCACGAGAAUAUUGAAAUUAUCUGUGAUGGUGUUGCUUUGGAUUUAGCGAAAGGACCUCAUUUGCAGGGUAUCGCUUUGCUUAACAUUCCCUACACACAUGGUGGCUCGAAUUUAUGGGGCGAACAUUUGUCACAAAAACGCAUACGUAAAGGUGCAGGUCCGUUUCGCAAGAAAUUGAGAUCAUCUGAUAAAGAGCUUUCUUCGACGAGUUUCAAUUCCGUUGAUUUAUCGGUAGCCAUACAAGAUAUCGGCGAUCGGUUAAUCGAAGUAAUCGGUUUAGAAAACUGCCUGCAUAUGGGUCAAGUUCGCACCGGCUUAAGGGCUUCUGGUCGGCGUUUGGCUCAAUGUAGCGAAGUUAUAAUAAAAACUAAAAAAACUUUUCCUAUGCAAAUUGAUGGUGAACCCUGGAUGCAAAUGCCUUGCACGAUUAAAAUAACGCAUAAAAAUCAAGUUCCAAUGCUAAUGGCACCACGUUCCGCCAAAGGACGAGGUUUCUUUAAUAUGCUAUGCAGCUGAUUUAGACGCAGUGUUUCAUCGAGUUCAAUAUUACGGAAACGGUUUUUAACCGCCGCCAAUAAUGCAAGCAGUAAUCCUACUACAACAACCAUACACACUACAGAAACUACCACCGUCCAACGUAUAGAUUAGCUUUAAUAUUAUUAAGAUACGAAGUAGUACUUAAACGGAAUAUAAAUUAUACACACACGCGCAUAUACCUAUACGUAUACCCGCGCGCACGCACACAUACACCCAUACACGAAUAAUAAAUGGAUAUACGACUAACUUUUAAAUAUAAGAACAAGUGAAAACACUGUAGUAGGUUACAGCCACCCUUAAAUACCGUACUCC